GGGCAGGUGCCUAGGCGGGCUAUGCUGAAAGGAAGAUGCUGGCCAGGAAGAGCAUCAUCCCGGAGGAGUAUGUGCUGGCCCGCAUCGCGGCGGAGAACCUGCGCAAACCGCGCAUCCGCGACCGCCUCCCCAAAGCCCGCUUCAUCGCCAAGAGCGGAGCCUGCAACCUGGCUCACAAGAACAUCCGAGAGCAAGGUCGCUUCCUGCAGGACAUCUUCACCACCUUGGUAGACCUGAAGUGGCGUCACACGCUGGUCAUCUUCACUAUGUCCUUCCUCUGCAGCUGGCUGCUCUUCGCUAUCAUGUGGUGGCUGGUGGCCUUCGCCCACGGGGACAUCUAUGCUUACAUGGAGAAAGGCAUCACGGAGAAGAGUGGCUUGGAGUCCGCCGUCUGUGUGACCAAUGUCAGGUCAUUCACUUCUGCGUUUCUCUUCUCCAUCGAGGUUCAAGUGACCAUUGGGUUUGGAGGGAGAAUGAUGACUGAGGAGUGCCCUCUGGCCAUCACGGUUUUGAUUCUGCAGAACAUUGUGGGUCUGAUCAUCAACGCGGUCAUGUUGGGCUGCAUCUUCAUGAAGACGGCCCAGGCCCACAGAAGGGCAGAGACGCUGAUUUUCAGCCGCCAUGCUGUAAUUGCGGUCCGUAAUGGCAAGCUGUGCUUCAUGUUCCGGGUGGGUGACCUGAGGAAAAGCAUGAUCAUUAGCGCCUCGGUGCGCAUCCAGGUGGUCAAGAAAACCACGACGCCAGAAGGGGAGGUGGUGCCUAUUCACCAGCAGGACAUUCCUGUAGAUAACCCCAUCGAGAGCAAUAACAUCUUCCUAGUGGCCCCUUUGAUCAUCUGCCAUGUGAUUGAUAAGCGUAGCCCCCUGUACGAUAUCUCAGCCACUGACCUUGUCAAUCAAGACCUGGAGGUCAUAGUGAUUCUCGAGGGCGUGGUGGAAACCACGGGCAUCACCACGCAAGCGCGGACCUCCUACAUUGCAGAGGAGAUCCAGUGGGGACACCGCUUCGUGUCGAUUGUGACUGAGGAGGAGGGAGUAUACUCUGUGGACUAUUCUAAAUUUGGUAAUACUGUGAAAGUGGCGGCGCCAAGAUGCAGUGCCCGGGAGCUGGACGAGAAACCUUCCAUCUUGAUUCAGACCCUCCAAAAGAGUGAACUGUCGCACCAGAAUUCUCUGAGGAAGCGCAACUCUAUGAGAAGAAACAACUCCAUGAGGAGGAGCAACUCCAUCCGGAGGAAUAACUCUUCCCUCAUGGUGCCCAAGGUGCAGUUCAUGACUCCAGAAGGAAACCAGUGCCCAUCAGAAUCAUGAGGGCAGGACGACCCUAGACAGCCACUCACUGAGUCCCGAUGACUGACAGACCAUCCUGAGACAGUUCGCUGAGUUCUGGUGAUCGAAAUAUCGGACCCGUCGCCAAUUCAGGGCUGGAACACAACAGUAUUUGUAUUUUAAGGCACUGAAAAAUAUUCAUAUUUGAGAAAUUAAACCUCUUGUAUAAAUAAACAGUAGUACACAAAGCAGAGGGCUUGCGGUUCACACUUGUUUCCCCACACAGAGUGCCGCAGCAGCGACACUUUUAGACAUUUUUAGAGGCAUGGAGUCACAUAGAGAUGAUAUCACCUUCUAAGAUCCCUGCUCAGGUCUGUGGCCAAAGAGAACCGCAGUUUUCCCUUUCCUAUUCUGUUUAUUUGGGUUUUGGUUUGAAGCAUUCUUUUUGGCUUGUCUUUCUGAGUUUGGGUUGCCAUAGAAACCUGAGCCCGUCCUCUCUGAUCCUCCUCUCAUCUGGAAACUCUGUUUUCUUCCCAGCAGCCUUUGCAGUCCGAGUCAGUUGGUCUGCAUGUCUGAGCUUCUGUCACUUAGCAGAGAUGAGAUCUUCUACCAGAGCCCAGGUUCAUCCUCCUUAACUCCUGAGCCCUCAAGUAAGGGCAGAGUAGAGAGAUGUCCUGGAUUUACACAGUGUGUGGUGUGGUAAAACAUGGAAACUAGGCAGCUGUGUAGCCUUUUAGUCAGAGUUUGGGGCUUGAAUUUAUUUCAUAUAUGAGCCAUUGGACCUCACAGGUCAUCGGGAAUGUGUUCAAAUCUAACCUUAAAAGACACAUGAUUCUAACCAGGUGGGCUAAGUUGACUGCUCCCAAGAAAUCUGUGACUUGGAACUCUAGACUCAAAGAUCAAACGGGUACUUGCAGCUCUGCUUGCCUGUUUAAUAAAGUUCUCAAAACCCA